CAUUGCGUCCAGCUUGUCGAGAGGGGGGAUGGAGGGCGGCGACGAUGCGCCGGAGAAGAAGGCGAGGAAGCCCUACACCUUGACCAAGCCCCGGGAGCCAUGGAGCGCCGAGGAGCACGGCCGGUUCCUCGACGCGCUGCUCAUGUUCGGGCGCGACUGGAAGAAGAUAGAGGAGCAUGUCCGCACCAAGACCACCGUACAGAUACGGAGCCACGCGCAGAAGUACUUCCUCAAGGUCCAGAAGCUCGGCCUGGCCGCCGGGCUGCCGCCGCCGCACCCGCGCCGCCGGUUCGCCAUGGAGCUGCAGAGCUCGGCGGCCGGAAGCAGCGCGGCCGCCGUGCCGUUGCUGCACGUGGAGCCCCACGGCGCGCCGGUCCCCGUGCCAGGUCCGUCCGGCGCCGUUGCUCACGGCUGCAUCGGUUGGAACUGCCCCGGAGGUCUCCCUGCAGGCGGCAGCAGUGGCAAGUGCCUCUGUCAAAUCUCCAUUGGAACUGCACGAUUCAGACAGUGGCUUUCUGAAUGGUCAUCUGACAAUGUUUCAGGAUGUUUUUCAGAGAUGCGAGGCUUGGACUGGGCUGGCGCUUCAGCUUCAGGGAUUCCAGCAUGGCUGAACAGUGACGCACGGAGCCAGAUUGCACCACCGGUAACACUUCCCGGUGGCAGCCAGUUCGUUGGGACUCCAAGCUUCAGCAGCACGAGCAUGGCUUGGGCUGGCAGCUGUUCAAGCAGAGGAUCGGCAAUUGAUUCUGUUCAGAAAGAUGAUGAACAGAUUGAGCUUCCAUUGUCGCCAGAUGAUCUGCAUUUCGCGCAAGUAUACAGGUUCGUCGGCGACGUAUUCGACCCGAACACGCCGAUCCCAGUUGAAGCCCAUCUUCAGAAGCUCAAGGGCAUGGAUGAUAUCACAGUCAAGACGAUCUUGUUGGUGCUGAGAAAUCUCGAGAACAACUUGUCAGAACCUCAGUUUGAACCCAUCAGAAGGUUGUUGUCGACGUAUGACCCAAGAAGAGGGUCGUUUGGCCAAUUGUAGAGUGCAUAUGGUACAGCCGUACAUACAGCCUGAAAAGUGAAAACUGUAACUAACACAUUCGAUGGACGUUCCGGUGUUCCAACCAAAAGAGAGGAGACUGAAGCGCGCAAAACUGGUUAAACACCACACCAACAUGCCCUCUAGUCUGGUUGACAUAUUAGCAGAUUCUAAUAUUCUUUGGAUCACGUACCGUAGCUUAAUGAUCGUAUGUGAAAGGCUCUGCUUUUUAACAUGUAUACCUGGAGAUUCAGAUAGCCAAAAGCCCAAAGUACAGCACGUUCUCUCACUGUCCUCUGUAAAUUCCAGGCUGUAGAUUCUACAGAUUUUAUCCAGUACAUGUAUGCAA